CGCCAUCGCCCACGAGCAGCUUCAAUGGUCCUCAGACCUUCGUCGUGCAAAGUCAUUUCAAACUCAUUUGGCUUUAUUCUUCUUCUUUAGUCCAAGUGUCGCCUAUGUAUUGGGUUGAACAGUGAACGAAUUUGGAUUACAACUUUGACUCGAUUGAUCAGUUGUGCAUUUCGGUGAAAACUUGUGAUCCGUCGUCAUGUUGAAAUUGUUGGUUUUGUGUUUGGCUCUCGCAUCUGUCGGCUAUUCUGCGCCUAGGGAUGAGAAAUGUCUGAAUUGUGUGGAAGAGCCGUCAAAGAGCAGUUUUCUGACAGCUCAUUGGACCAUGCCGUUAAGUAAGCUGGGCGAAAGAAGAUACUACCUUGGCACGUUUUUCAAGGCCAAUUGGUACAAGUCGGCCAAAUUCUGUAAUUACCACGGAAUGCAAUUGGCCAGCAUCGAAAGCCAACUGGAAAACGACCAACUAGAAAAACACAUUAAAGAAUUCGGUUUCGGAAACGAACAUUUCUGGACGGCCGGCACGGACCAAGGAGAAGAGGGCAGUUUCUUUUGGAUGUCGACAGGACGGCCAGUGACCUUCACCAACUGGAACGCUGGAGAACCGAACAAUUUCCGAUACGAAAAUGGCGAAGAGGAACAUUGUCUGGAACUGUGGAACCGCGAUGGGAAAGGAUUGAAAUGGAACGAUAGUCCGUGUUCGUUUGAAACCUAUUUCGUUUGCGAAGCACCACUUUAAAAUUCAAAUACGAAUGACCCGAAAAUGAGUCAGAGUAUUCUAUUUGUUGAUGGAACAAAUGGUGGAUCUCUGCUCAUUUAUUUGUCAACUUACUAAGCUCAAUUCAGAGCGGGACUCGUACACACUCGCAGCGUGAAUGGAUUUCAAUCAUCGCCCUGCCUCAUUUGUGCAUCACCUCAUCAACAACUGUGUAGAUUGAACAGAUCGAAAGUUACCUCCAUUUAUUUCAUUUUUCUUUUGAGUUUCAAUUUUUUUUAAAAUAACAAAUUGUUUUUUUUACAUCUGAAAUGGAUAGUAAACGAAAGAGUUAUUACAUUUUC